CUCAACUACUCAGUCAGUGGUCACUUGUCAAUUGUCAUACUUAACCGGGUAGGAAAUUGGAAUACAUUUUUGCUAAUGUUUCUAUAAAUUUUAUUUAUUGCAUUUAUUCUAAAAUAAAGAAUCAGGAUGUCAAAUAAUGUUAAUCCACUAGCAGGAACAGCACAUUUGUUGGACGAAUUGGACAAGAAACUCAUGGUGUUGCUGCGCGAUGGCAGGACAUUAAUCGGCUAUUUACGCUGCGUGGAUCAGUUUGCAAAUUUAGUUUUACACAAGACAAUAGAAAGGAUUCACGUCGGCCGGGAAUACGGUGAUAUUCCGCGAGGUAUAUUUAUUGUUAGAGGAGAAAAUGUUGUCCUAUUAGGUGAAAUUGAUAAGGAUAAAGAAGAUAGUCUGCCAUUGACGGAAGUAUCAGUUGAUGAUAUCCUAGAUGCUCAAAGAAGAGAACAAGAUGCUAAAAUAGAACAACAGAAAUUACUUUCAAAAGCGCUCAAAGAAAGGGGACUUAAUUUAUUAGCCGACUUGGGUCAUGAUGACAUGUUUUGAUAUAUAUAACUACAACAAAUCAUUACUCAACACCGAAAUAUCUUACUGUGCUAGAGGUUAAGAUCUAAAAUUUUUAAUAUAAAUUUAAUGAAUUUGAGUUACAACUUUUUCUUACUUUAUUUUUCUAUCAAUAAUUGUUCCUUUAAGAGUAUCUGUUCAUUAAAUUUAAAUAUAUUUUGCCUUUUUCAACAUCAUACUUUAACAAAUUAUAUGUGGUUCUGCUGUGGUGGAAUGGAGCCCAAAAGAAAAGAAUUGUCAAUGAGGGUCAGGUAGGUUUACUGUUCACAAAAAGUACUACUUAAAGGUGGCCAAGAAACUAUGAUUAUUAUUGAGGAUGAUCAUACUAACUUAUACAUCAUAAUAACUUGCUAUGGAAAUUUUAUCUUUAAAUCGAAAAAUAUUCGAUUUUGGAUUUGAGUGUUGUAUAUAAAUAAAGAAAUAUAUUCAAA